AUGCCACGCAUCAAGCCCCCUACACACAAAACCCCCUCCAAAUCCAAAUCCAAAUCCCACAAACCCUCUCUCCCUACACCCCCCAAACCCAAACGCAACAAAAAUUCCUACAGCAACGGUGCACUCAAACCCAUAUUCAGCGGCUGCAAAAUGUCACUCGCAGGCGACUUCAUCGCCGAGCAUCCCGGUCCCAACGCCGAAUCCCAAUGGAACUACGAGAAAAUCAGUAAAUGGAUCACGAUUCACGGAGGCGAGUAUGUGAGGGAAGUAGAUGAGUAUACGACGCAUUUGAUUGUGACUAUCAAGGAGUAUAAGAAGAAGGGGGCUCAGGUUCGCAAAGCAAUGGCUAUGGGGAAACGAUGCCAUAUAGUUGUCAUCGACUGGCUCGUCGAUUGUCUGACUUUGGAAACUAAUAAGAAAAAGAAACUUGUCGUUACGGGAUAUACACUUGGCCGUGUGAUCCGUCGUUUACAUCAUACUGAAGAUCAGAAGAUCAAGUAUCGACAGAGAUUCGAGGAGAAUGUGAAAGCGAGUAAGGAAUUGUGUGAUGAUCGACUCAAUCAUGUUUAUGUCGAUCAUACAAAUUUCGAAUAUAAAGUCGUCCUCACCCGUGUUCUUCUGCAUGGCAAAAACAAGAAUCAGAAAUAUACAGUCUACCUCUUCGAAUCCAAUGCUCAACCACAUACUUAUAUGGCUGGAGCAAAACUAACAACUACAUAUCAAAUUCCCUCCUAUCUUCGAGAAGAUUGUCGUCCUAAAGUCUUCGCCGACGCCUUCCUCGACUUCAAAAACAUAUUCAAAUCCAAAACCGGCAUCGAAUGGGACGAUCGGUACGAACCCCUCCCAGAAAAUCAUCCUAAAGAUUUAUUCCGAUUUCAGCGACCUACCCUCAGUCGACCAAUGGGCAUGCUACCUUCAUGGCGCAAAGCUCCCAGCUGGAAAGAUAUCGAAUCCGAUUCCAUUCCCCACGAAGCCGGAGUUGAUUCCUGCGGUGAGGAAAUCCAAUAUCGAGAUGCAGAAGCCUCAGCCGAAGACGAAAACAGCAAAGUCGAGAAAAAAGAACGCGAAAACGAGAGGAGAAAAGAGAGAAUACUGAUGGAGGGAACACGAGCAAUGGAGGAGAGAAAGAGAAAAGAAGAAUUCGAAUAUGAUAGUGAUAGUGAGGUGGAUGAUGACGAGACAUUCGAUGAGCUGAUGAGAGAUUCGGUUUCGGCUCCUGUGUCUACGCAUCGACAUGCGCAUCAUCUUGCGCAGCUUCCUAGAUUGCGAGAUGUGAGGGAUGUGCAAAAGGAAAUGGUGAUUGUGAUUUCGGAGUCGGAUACGGAGAUGAAUAGUAGUGAUGCGAAUACUGAGGAUGAGGAACUGGAAAUGGAUAGUCCAACUUCUGUUCUCAGAACUCCUACCACAAAUUGUGUUUCGCAAACACAACGCUCUUUUUCCGUCUCGGGAAAUUCUGUCGAUCAUGCUAUUAUUUUAUAA